AUGAGCAACACCACCAACAGCACCAUCUCCAGCACCACCGCUGCAACCACCAACAGCACCGUCAUCAAUUCGAAUUCUAAGAACUGCAAUCAAGAUCCAGGCUCAUACUUCAUAGACGUAGCACAACAAUAUUCAUCACCAGUUCAAGGAGAAACAGAGCUUGAACCGAAGGAAUUAAACACAGUGAACAGUUCAGGAGGGUUUCUUGUGGUAUCGACCGAUAAAUUGAGUGUUAAGUACACAGGCGUCAAUCUUCAUGGUCAUGAUGUCGGUGUUAUUCAAGCCGAUAGACCAGCUCCGGAUAAACGGUUUGUUUAUUAUUUUGAGAUUUAUGUAAAGAAUGCUGGUGCUAAAGGACAGAUUGCUAUUGGCUUUACUAAUCAGAGUUUCAAGAUGAGGAGACAGCCUGGGUGGGAAGCAAACAGUUGUGGGUAUCAUGGGGAUGAUGGGAAUCUUUAUCGUGGAACAGCGAAGGGAGAGGCAUUUGGCCCAACAUUCACAACCAAUGAUACAGUUGGUGCCGGUAUCAACUACGCUUCACAGGAAUUCUUUUUCACUAAAAAUGGAGAGUUAGUUGGGGCAGUGUACAAGGACAUGAAGGGUUUGUUGUUUCCUACUGUUGCUGUUCAUAGCCAGAAUGAGGAGUAUGAAUAUCAAACACAAGAAGAGAUGAAGCAACAAAUGACAGUUGACAAAAUAUCUUUACCGCUAAAAGUUAGUUAUGGGUAA